GCGCGUUGGUGGGCACAGUGCAUACCAGUGCUGACGCGUCCUUCUCUUUUAUACCACGACGAGCUACCUUGUCACUCUACCUAGAACUCCCUUCAUCAUGGCGGGCACCCCAUCCGACUCUCGCGCUGCUUUCGCCGUUGCUCCAGAUCGACCUGAUGGCGAACUACUCAACAUUGGACAGCAAUGCUCGGCUGUCCAGCAGAAAUGCACUGUCGUCGACUACUUGCCCUUCGUAUGUGACCAUUGCAACAAGCGGUUCUGUCAGGACCACCGUCUUCCGGAGAGUCACUCAUGCGAGAAGUGGGAUGCGAACGCUGCUGACCGUAGAGCACUUGAAUGUCCAUUAUGCUCUGAACUUAUUGCUAUCCCGCCUGGCGAGGAUCCGAAUAUUAAGCUUGGUAGACAUGUCGAUGAGGAGUGUGUAGUCAUGACUGGCAAAGCUGCCAAGAAGUCGACCACUCCGUCAUGUGCGAAAGCGCGUUGUGGAAAGCCACUUUGGCAGCCUAUCACUUGCACGAAUUGCCGUAAGCAGUUCUGCGCUCCUCACAGAUACCCAACGGAACAUGGCUGUUCCGCCGUUGUCACACCCGCACCUUCAUCUGCAUCUACGAAACACGCAAAUCCGCUAGCAAAUAUCUCGCAACAAACUUCAGUGAAGAGUGCAGCAGCAAUGGCAGCCAUCAAACGUUCCCUCGCUUCUACUAAUCUUGGCAAUACCACUCCAUCAUCAUCACCAUCAACCGUUCAGCCUGCACCCGCUCUUGCUGCAGCGUCAAGCUCAUCGUCCAGCACCUCUACCGGGACUUCCAAGCCCAAAAUACCCUUCUCGGCGAAGGACCGCCGGGCAAAUUCCGAGCGCAAAUCUCAGCUCAAAGCUUUGGAGGACCGACAACGAAAAGGGCUUUUGAGCGCACAAGACGAAGAACGACUAAGGGCUUUACAAGAGAGUGCCAAAGAGGAGAAGGAGUGUGUUGUCAUGUAAUGUUAAUGUUCACAUCGUAGCUUUCAAUUUCUACUUCAGUGUCGC